GACUGCACUUCCUGCUGUAGAAAAGCUCUACGCAUGCGAAGUGACUCUUCCUAUUUGGUGUAGAAAGACACAAGAACAGCACAUCAUGACUGAUGUCGAUUUCCAAAGUGGGGAUUCCGGGGCCUCUUCAACAUACCCACAGCAGUGCUCUGCAUUGAGGAAGAAUGGCUAUGUCAUGAUUAAAGAGCGUCCCUGUAAGAUCGUUGAAAUGAGUACCUCCAAGACUGGCAAGCAUGGACAUGCAAAGGUUCACCUUGUAGGAAUCGAUGUCUUUACACAGAAGAAGUUAGAAGAUAUCUGCCCAUCUACCCAUAACAUGGAUGUCCCAAAUGUUACAAGAAAAGAUUACCAGGUAAUAGAUGUCUCCGAAGGAUACUUGUCCCUGAUGGAUGAUGGUGGAAAUACCAGAGAGGACCUUAAACUGCCAGAUAAUGAGCUGGGCAAAGAAAUCGAAAAGAGGUUCGAUAAUGGUGAAACUUUUAUGGUCUCUGUGCUGAAAGCCUUAGAUGAAGAAAUGGUAGUUGGCACCAAGGUUGUGUCCUAAUGUGUCCAGGACGACGCUGGAGGACCUCCCACUUUGUUCUCCAGUAUGGCUUUGAAGCCUCGCCAAAGCUACUGGCCUUCUCCCACCCCCCACCCCCCCACACACACAUAUCUCCACUAGUUUCCCUGCUGGUCCACUGAAACCUGGAAGCUGGACUGGGUUAGCUUCUUCAACUUUACCUUGGGGGUCAGGGCUGACUGACAUUCUCUUCAAUCAAUGAAGUUAUCAACCUGUAGCCAUCAACAGUUUAACUUUGCAAUGGCUACUGAUAUUAUUAUUCUGGCAAUUCCUAACAUUCCAGCGUCUCAUAACAUUGUAUGGGUGACUUUUUUUUCUUCUGUGUAUUACUUUUUAAAUCCUGCAAAUUGACCUUUUUCUCUUUUGAGUUAAGUUGUCUGUGAGCAUGUAUUUUAAGGCUUGUUUACAGUUGAGAUGCUUCACCUUGCUUUCAACCUAAAUUCCCCCAUAAAAGGGUUUUAUCUCUACUGGCUGACUUAACACCCCCAGCAAGCUCCAGCUCCAACCUGAAAAAAUAAAAAUAAAAAAACAUAACUUCAUUGAUGGUUGGAAUAUGCCUUUCUGCCUUUGACAAUUAAAACAUGCAUGCACAUGCACACCUAUAAUUGACUUGUAUACACAUGCCCUAGCAGCUAUUAAAAUGUAAACCGCAAACAUUUUA